AUGCAACACAGUGAAAGCACCGAUGCCUACUGCGGCAGCGGCUGCCAGCCAGGCUUCGGCAAUCGCAAGCCCGCAUCCUUGUCCCCAUCAUCCACGCCCGCGAAGGCCCCAGUUGCGCCAUCGAGUGCGCUGUCAACGAUGAACAUACCCGUAGUCUCAUCACCUGUCUCGUCGUCAAGAAUCACGUCGUCCGCUACCUCGUCUCAGCCUAUGAGCACAUUGCUCACCGACCCUGUUUCAUCUUCUUCAUUUACAGUUGCGUCGGUCGAAGACCCGUACACAAGUACGCUUGUAACAAGCACAAGCGCAUUGGCUAUGGACGUGGGAAUCCUGUCCUCGCUGGAGGUUACUUCAGCGUCAGCAGCAGCCCCGGAGAUCGUUUCUGCGUCUAGCGAGGUUCCAACCUCGCUAGCAACCGAGACCGAGACCAUCUUUUCGACUGCCGCUCCCGUAAUUAGCACGUCGCCAUCGCCGGAGUCCAUCUCAUCAUCUGAGCUUACGACCACUACAGUCGAAGAGUCUACAUCGAGCUCAGUGAUCGAAACAUUAUCACUCUUCCCAGAGACUACAGCUUCCUCGUCCGCGGUGAGUUCUAUUGUUGGGACAUCCACCACGUCGGCGCUUGCGACCUGCAACACGCUCGCCGCGACGUACAACCCUUCCUUUGAGAGUGGUGCUACCGCCCCUUGGAUACCGGCCGGAUUUGCCUUGAAUUCUGCGUACAGCAAAACUCAGGUGCUUUCUGCUGCUUCUGCGCCAUUCACGCCGCUCGACGGGUCACACAAGCUUUACAGCACCUUCGACCGCAGUUUUCCACCAGGUCUGGCCUGGAUAUACACGCUUCAAAACGUGUACAUCCCAGCUGGUAGCAAUCUCAACUGCGCUCUCGGGGUCAAGGUGACGCAGGGCAGCAAUCCCAAUUAA